AUGAGCGGUUUAAGUAAUGAAAUAUGCAAAAAUCUCGUUUUAGCUGGAGUUGGUGCUAUUACGAUUAUUGAUCAUAAUACGAUCAUCGAAGAAGAUUUGGGUGCACAAUUUUUCGCGACGGCCGAAGAUGUUGGAAAAAAUAAAGCUCUGGCUUCGGCGGAUCGAAUUCAUCAAUUAAAUCCUCGUGUAGUAGUCACACCCGAUACAAGUAAUUUAAGCACUAAACCUGAUGAAUUUUUUGAAUCAUUUGACUUAAUAUGUCUCACUGAUAAAGAUCCUGAGACUAUGAUUCGAGUCGAUCAGAUCUGUCGUAAGUUUGAUAAGAUGUUCUACGCGGCUG